CAAUUGGAGGUGUCGUUGGACGACUGAGAUGGCGUUGCUGCUCAAGUUCUUUUUUCGGAAGCCGCCCGAUGGGCUUCUUGAGAUCUCUGAGCGAGUCUACGAUUGACCACCGGCGGGCAUAUAACUGUGAAAUCAUGCUUUCAAAGGUGAAAGUAUCAUUGCAUGACUUAGUGGAUGAAAUUGACAUAUUGUGGAAUGCUAAGGAUCAAUUUCCGAAGGACUUCAGAGCAGAGAUGGAUGCCGCUGCUUCUACAGUAGCGGGUGAUAUCUCAAGCUUUGAGGAGGAGGGCCUUCCAGUGGAAGCAUUUGCAAAAGUUCAAGAGUUCUUCAGUUGAGGACUGAUCGAAGUUGCCAGGGCCUUCCAGUUGAAGUGUUUUAUUUAAAAAUUUGAAAAUGUUGUAAUGAUUACAUAAAAAAGUUGAAAACUUGGAAUUGAAAAAUUUUUGCGUCUAAAUGAUGUUUUGAUAUUGAGAUGAGAUGGUUUGAGAGAUUUGUGUAUCCAAACAAAACCUAAGGACACUUUUACGGCAA